AUGUCCUAUUUUUCCCAUCUUUCUAUUUUCUGUCUUCCUCCUUUCCCCCCUCCUAAGAAGAUAGAUGAAGAAAAUGAGGCCAACUUGCUGGCAGUGCUUACAGAGACCCUGGACAGCAUCCCGGUGGAUGAGGACGGAUUGCCUUCGUUUGAGGCCUUGGCAGAUGGGGACGUGACCAAUGCCAGUGACCGGAGCUGUCCCUCCUCUCCUGACGGCUCUCCACGCACCCCAGAGCCGGAGGAGCCUUCCUUGACGGAGAGCCCCUGGAAUGGCAAAGCAAGGGGGGGCUCAAGUCAACAGAACCGCCCGGUGAGGCGGCCUUGCACUGAACUGCUGAAAUACCUAACAGCCACCGAUGACAUCCUGCUCCACACCAAAGUCAGUGAAGCCAAGGGCACCUGGGGGGGUGCCAGCAGCAGAGACAAGAGUAGCCUGGGUCUUGGUGCUUCAUCCUCCUCCUCGUCGCCAUCCUCAUCUUCUACAUCCUCGUUCUCUUCCUUGUCUUCCACCUCUACCUCUUCCUCCACCACCUCCAAGAAGAAGUCAGCUGUGCCAUCUCAACAGCAGCAGCAGCCACUGCCGCAGCAGCAUCACCAGCGAGGUGAGAGCCGGGCUGCAGGCGACUGUAGUAUGGCUGGUGUUGGGGCUGGGAAGUGGCAGCGUUGCUCUCUCCAUGAUGGGGUUGAGGAGUCGGAAGGUGCCUCUAUCCCCGUUGGCCACAGAACCUACACCUGCGGCCAUGCCCGCCCCAAACUGGAACACAGGCCGCCAAGUGAAGAAGGAAGGCCGCCAGGCGAUGUGGGCCGCCUGGCCGCUGCUAGGUUUAUUAGGUAUAUGCACUCUUAUUCCCUCCCUCCCCGAGAGGUGAGUCACAGCUGUGAGCAUUGCCGAGAGGCUGCAGGUGCCACUCAGGCUAGUGAGGGCUUUGGCAGGCAAGGCCGUAGUAACAGUCGUGGUGCCAGCCGUGCACCAAACAAGCACAUCACAGUGACCGUAAAGAAAAGGAAUGAGAAGCCGGGGCAUCCUUUACUCAGUCAACUGCUCACCUCCAAACAGAGGCCCACUCAAUUUCGGGCCAACAUACCCCCACCCAGAAUAACCCCUUCAUCUAGCACUAAAAAUAAACCGGCAGGCAAGACAUCUCAGAGCUCAGACCAAGUAUUCUCUAAGUUGAGACAGGAGGACGUCAGAGGGACCACUGAUCAUAGAAAGCAGGACUUAAGUCUGGCAGGGCCUUACUCUGGGCUCCUGUUGCCACCUUUAUCCUUAGACCUAGAAAGCUGGGUGAGCCAGCUCGAUGCAGGAUUAGACUUGGGCUUUGGACUAGAGCUUGAGUGGCAAAACCCCGGGGACAAUGGGGAGGAUGUUGACCAUGAUGACGAUGGUGUUGAUGAUGAUGAUGUCCAUGUCAUGGGCAGCCCUGCAGCGGUGCUCUCACAGGGCCCACCAAGCCCACUCAUCCCAGAUACUAGCAUUGCAGAGCCUACCCCACCCUGCAUCAUACAAGGGCAAGGGCACCUACACAGGCAGGCACUCAGCGAGCACCCCGAUGACCAGGGCCACCCGUUGUUAGCCAAACCAACCACCUUGCCACUUCCUUUGACCCCAGAGUCUCCAAAUGACCACAAGGGAUCACCGUUUGAGAACAAAACCAUUGAACGCACAUUAAGUGUGGAGAUUGCUGGAACCCCAGGUCUGACACCACCUACCACGCCCCCACACAAAGCCAGUCAAGAGAAUCUUUUCAAAGCAUCUCUCAAAACCAAGUUGUCCCCAUGUUCCUCCUCAGCCUUGACAUACAAAAGAGCCAGGCUGAGUGAGUUGGGCACCGGCGCUGUGGCCCCGGCCCCAGGUGCCUCAGCAAGAGGCCCCAACAGAAAGGGUCCUGAACAGACUGAGCUUUAUGCGCAGCUGAGCAAAGUAUCCAGCACCCUCCCUCGUGCCGUCACUCAAAAUGCAGUGGGGGGCGGCUUUGAGGAGCAUCACAGCACUUGCAAUAAUAAGCGAGCCACUUCCCGUGGUCACAGCGACCAUGACUAUUGCCAGGCAUCGGCUUGUACUAAAAAGGAUGGGGGCACAGCUGCCGUUACCAUAACUACAGCUGUGGAAAUGACAUUCACCCCAGGUGCUUCUGCUGCUCCGUUACCCAAUGCUCGCAAAGUGGAGAAUGGGCAAGUAGAAUGUAAGGACUCAGCCAUGUCAUCAUCGUCAUCAUUUUAUUCUCCAUCAUCACCUUCAUCCGGCCCUUUGACGAAGCUACCAAGUUUUGUCUCUGCGGUUGGAGAAAAAUGCUGUGUCAGCGGUUUAGGAGAGCAGACCCUCACUCAAACCACUCAGAUCCCCACACAAGGGGCCACUGCUGUUAGGGACCAAACACAACUUUCUGCAACCAGCCGGAAGCCCCUAUGUGACCAGGAAAUCAGAGCAGAACUCAACAAACACUUUGGCCACCCACUGCAAGCCCUCUACAGUCAGGGUGGCCAGGAGAGAGAACAAAGCAGCAAGCCAAAUAAGGCUACAGCCCCCGAGUCCCUCGAGGAAGGACAGAAUGACUACUACUCCCAAAGGCUGCUGCCUGGCUCCAGCUUCCUACACCCAGGGUUUCUACCCUUUCAUGACGAGCUGGAGCUGGGCCAAGGCCGAGAGAGUCGCUUUGUCUAUCCCUGGGAGGGCACCGCUCUGGACCUACUCUUUGACUGCUCUCCUUGCUCCCCUUCCAGUUCUCCACCUUCCAGCUGCUCCCCUUCACGAUGCUCCGUCUCCCCACCCUCCUCCCUCCUCCUGUCACCCAGCAGACCUUUCUGCUGGACCAGCAGCGGUUCCCGCUCCCGUUCUCGUUCUCACUCUGGCUCCCGCAGUUCCUCAUCUCGAUAUCGCAGGCGCUCUCUGUCCAGCUCACCUGACAGACGCCAGUCCUCAUGGUCUCGUCACAGCACCGAUUUAAAUGCUUUUCGCUCCAGAACCCACAAGAGCCCCCGUCCUCAGUCUCGAUCUCCUCUCAGCCGCAGGCCAAGGUAUGACAGCUACGAGGAGUACCAGCAUGAGAGGCUGAAGAGGGAAGAAUACCGCCUGGAUUACGAGAAACGGGAGUUUGAAAGGGCUGAGCAGAGAGAGAAGCGAAGGCAAAAAGCAAUUGAGGAAAGACGGGUGCUGUACGUGGGGCGACUGAGGUCCAACUGCACCCGCACGGAGUUAAAGGGCCGCUUUGAAGUCUUUGGCGAAAUUGAAGAAUGUGCAGUGAACCUGAGGGAUGAUGGGGACAAUUUUGGCUUCAUCACGUACCGCUACACUUGUGACGCCUUUGCCGCCCUUGAGAAUGGACACACCUUACGCAGGUCAAACGAGCCCGAGUUCGAGCUGUGCUUUGGCGGACAAAAGCCGUUCGGCAAAUCACAUUACACAGACCUGGACUCCCAUUCUGAUGACUUUGAUCCGGCCUCCACAAAAAGCAAGUAUGACUCCAUGGAUUUUGACAGCUUGCUGAGGGAGGCCCAGUGCAGCUUGAGAAGGUAACCAGCUCAGUGGCGCCUGCUGUCUGUCACAAAGAGGGACUUCUUAUACCUCACUGUUGUUUCUCGCUCCUUUGAUGACGAGAUAACCAGAAGUUUUACACUCUUUCAUAGAGUAUGUAAGAAUAAGUCUAUAGACCUUUAUCAUAAUAAAUGAAUAUAUUAAAAACAAAGUUUACAUGAACAUAGCUGCUGAAGAGCUGGGAAGAGACGUUGCAUUCUGGGAAAGUCAGUGACCCCUCAGAAAUUGGUGCACAGCUUUGAGGAACUCUACUGCUGUACAACAAUAAGUAAAAGAUGAAACUGAAGAAGAACGAGAAAAAAAAAACAUUUUCAAUUUGUUUUUCUCCAAGCACUACAAUACCCAGAAUUCUUUUGGGGUGAAGACAUGCUACGCAGCUUGUUCAACCAGAUUUAUUUUCUUUUGCUGUUGAUUUUCUUUCCUUUUCUUUUUAAAUCUGGUGUUUGGAUCUGGUGUUACAUUAAAGACAAGAGAACAGGUAAUUGUAUCUUAGAGAUAAAAUUCUCAAGGUAAUAUUGUUGUCUACAUUAUAAGGAGAAAUGUAGCUGUGUAUUUACAAAUAAUAUAAAAAAGGAAUAUUUUUAUUUCAUGUACAUAUUGAAGUUCUUUAUUUGUUACAGCUAUGCACUGUAAAACGCAGCCUUUUUUAAAAUGAAGAGAAAAUUUCUUAAUUCAGAAUGUCAAUCUGUAGUUAUUACAAUUAUGUAAAACAUAUUGUACAUCUACAUGAUGUUUAGAGACAUGAUAUGAUUGUAAAAAAGAGAAAAAAAAAGACAUGUCCGAAUGCUCAUUUUGUGGGAGCAUGUGAACAAAUGUCCUUUUUUAAGUUAUUUUGUUGGGGAAAUGAACAGUCAGCCAUGUAUAGUUUUCUCUGUUUUUAAAGUUUCUCAAUCAGUGUUUUUGCUUCUACAACCAGUGUAAAAUGCAUUUUUAACAUGUUUUUCAUUAUUGUAACAAAAAAACACUGUUAUAUACCACUAUUUUUAACUGCAGA